AUGGAUCACUACAAAGUGCUAGGUCUGCACAAGAAAGCAAGUAAAGAAGAAAUAAAGCAAGCAUUUCGCAAAUUGGCGCUGCAAUUCCACCCAGAUAAACAUUCGCAUUCUCCCCAACAUCUCAAAGACUCUGCCACCCUCAAAUUCAAGCAGCUUUCCGAGGCCUAUGAUACCCUAAUUGACGAUCGCAAGCGCGCCGACUACAAUCUCCGUAGAAAUGCCCAAAACACGGGGUAUAAAUAUGAUAAUUAUCGAAACAGAGGAAAGAGCAGCAAUUAUAGUAAUUUCUAUGGGCAUGGGUAUGGGUAUGGGUAUGGGAAUGGUUAUAGUGGGACUGCAUACAGAGGUGCUGGUGUUAGUGUUUCGACGAAGUUUGAGAUCUUCCUUCGCUUUCUCACCACACGGAGUUUUCUACUGAACGCUGCUUUUGUCGGUGUUUUGUUAGGUGGGACAUUUGUGGUUGAUGCAGGUGGGAAGGCACUCUGGGAGAGGCAUAACCCUGGGAAAUCUUUUGAAGAAGCGAUGGAGUCCAUUGAGAAGGCCAAAGCAAAUAAGGAUGACUCAAUAUGA